AUGAAUAUGAUAAAAAAUAUAAUUAAUCAAUUUAUCAAACUUUUCGGACAAGAGUACUUGGGAGAAUGGGACGCCAUACAAAAUUUGACGAUCAAUUCUGUGACCUCCCCGGAAAUCCUGCUGAAGAAUGUCCCAUUCCCAGAAAAACUAUUCGAACUGAUGGAGCUGCCCUUCGAAAUAGUCUACUCGAACAUAAAAAAUCUGCGCAUAAAAUUUCUGUGGUCAUCAAUUUUUUCAAAUAAUAUUAGCCCCAUAAAUAUUUACGCCAAUGACCUGUUCCUGGUUAUAAAGUUUUCCUACCCGAGUUUGUGGGACACCAACAAAAUUAUGAAUCACCAGUACAAGCAGAAAAAGACGAAACUGCAAAAAUGGGACAGCAUUAAUAUAUCCAAGGAAAAAAAAGAAGAAAACUUUUUAAAAGCACUGCCAGUUAAGCUAGUCAACUCGCUAAGAAUUUUAGUGCAGAAUAUCAAAAUCGUAUUUUUCGAUAAUUAUAUUCAUAAAAAUCCUUUUACGUUUGAAUUUUUGAUAAAGAAUUUUAAGAUAGACGAACUGAACAAGUACAACGUUAAGCUGACAGAGGAAGAGAAAAAAAAUAUCAAGAAGAACUUCCUAAUUAACAUAUGGAUAAGGAUGAUGGGACUUCAUAUUAUUUACAAGGAAUACAAGAAGAAGAUAAAGUACAAGAAGCAGAUGAAGAAGAGGAAGGCUGACCUACUUCAUAACAGUGAGAAGGCUCACCAGGGUGCGUUUAAGUCGAAGGGGGGAAGCGACGACGGAAGGGAGGAAUACUUCCUGACGGCCAUCGAAAACCUGUUCAGCGAGAGCGCCAGCUCAGUGCACCGAGGCAAGAGGCACAGCUGGAGGAGGGCGAAAAGAAGGAGCUCCUUAAAUAAUCACAUACUGGCAAAGGAAUUCCGUUCCUUCAGUGACUACGACAUCGAUGAUAGGAUAAAAGAUGGAAACUUAAAGAGAAAGGUACGCAGACAGAUGCGAACGGGGCGAUUUGGCAAAAAUUUGACCCCAAGCGAAUCAGCGAGUAAGCAAAAAAAUAAAAAGAAAGGAAAAAGUAAUUACAAUUUUGAAAUUCCGAAGCAUGACUUAGGGUUCAGAAUAACAGCGAAAGAUGGAUUAGACAUGCACGUCGUUUUUAAGAAGUAUGACAUGAAGGCACUGAACGAACUGAAAAAUGAUUUAAAAUGUUUCAAGAAUGUGGAACUCUCCUUUGUUAAGCAUAUGCAAGAGAAUAUUGAAGAUGACUUUUACAAUAAUGUAAAAAUAGAGGAAGAAGAGGAACAUGUGAAGGGAACCUGCUACUGCUAUAACUAUGGCAAUAGUAACUUAACACACUUGAACAAUGAUGCAUUCUUUAUUUCAAAUAAUCCAGACGGGUAUGAAUCCAAUGACCAUCUUUGUAACUCCGAAUUGAGAAACUACGAUGAGAUAAUGGAACGCAGUUUCAAGAAUGACUAUCCCCCCAUUUUUAGUGACAUUUCUGCGUUUGAAAGUUUAAACGUCUUUUUUACCGCCUCCGCGUUGGACUCUUUUUACAACUUCAUUAAGUACAUAGAAUUCUGGUUCCUAUACAAAGGGGGGUGCAACAAAAUUUUUAACAUCAUUCCAAGUAUAGAAAAUUGCAUAAAAUAUUCCGAAUUGAGAAAAUUACGAAAUGAGAAAAAUUACGUUUACGAUAGGGGGACUGAGGAUUUUCUGGAAAUGUUUGAAGCUUCGUGUCCUAUUCACUUGCUAACCAAGUUGAGGAUACUCUCCGAUGAGUGCAUAUACAGCAAGGAAUAUUUCAACAACGAUAAUGUGAAGAGAAGAGAGUGGAAAAAGUUGUUGUACAAUUUUAUUAAAAAUCAGAAAGGGGCAAACACCUCCAUUAUCAAUGAAAAUUUAGAGAAGUUAGACAAAUGGUUUUCCCACGACAUGUUAUUCAAUUUGGUUAUUCCAAAAAUUCAGUUCACCUAUAUACCCAUAAAAUAUAGUCACUUCAGUAAUUCCAGAGUGAAGUCCAAUAAGUGCCUCCUGUCCUACACACUAGCCUGUUCCUUCCUAUUUAAGCAGGAAAAACUAUCCACCAUAAAGAAGAAGAUGGGCAUUUAUUUUCACAACGUCGAUAUACAUUCCCUUUUUGUUCUUUUUAAGAAAAAUAAAAAAUUUCUCAUGAAUAAGAGGAAGUACUGUAUUCACUAUGUAGAGAAAUUACCCAUGAGAAAUUUCUGCCUGUAUCAUGAGCCGAAUAGCAACAACGUAAGCUUUUACCAGUUUGGACAUUCGAAUGUUGGGGAUGACUGUGUUGACUCGCUCGAGAGGAUACAUUCCAAGGAGGAAAGAAUUAUAGAGAAGAAUUUCGGGCAUAUGAUGAGUGGUCUAAUCAGACAGGGAGGAACGGAAAAGGGGGUACUGCUUGAAGGUGCAGAUUAUUACGCAGCAAGUGGGGACCCACCGAAUGGGAGUGGUUUUCUCCCCAAUGAGACAUUAAAACCAUGUAAUAGCGCCAAGCGAAACAGCCUAGCGCAAGGAGAUCGAAAUGGUUAUGAAAAUUAUCUUAAUGGGGAAGGUGAAAGCGCGAAUGGAAUUCUGUACAACUCUAGCAAUACGGGGAGCGACCAAGACGGCAACCUUUGCAUGAACAGUUUUAAUAAUUACAAAAUGUGCAAGCUGUUUGGGAGAGGAUAUUUUGACGAAAAGCAUCUCCAAGGGGAAGAUGAUGGAGAAAAAAUCCAAGUCGAAAAUUUGCGAAGUCUUGAAAGUGAGCAUAUCAAAAAUGAGCGUGAAGAAGGUAGAUGCCAAAAUAACAACAUACCAAAUAGGAGGAAUAAUCGAAAUACAUUCUGGAAGUUUAUUCUAGGCAAGCAAAAAAAAGAAACCCUAAAUAAUAUGAAAAAUCAUAAUGACAAACCCAUUGAGGACAACAAUUUCGAUCGCAUAAUUAAUAACCAAGUGGUCCUAAUCCCAAACUGCCUAAUUAUUAUUAUUAAUGAUUACUCGAACAAUGUAAGGGAUAUUGACAUAACCAUUUGCAAGUACGUAAUUAAUGUGAAUAAUUUACUACCCCUUGUGAACUUCAUCCCCACGAGUAAUACGUGUCUUGAGCUUUUCCUGAAAUAUGAUAAUUACAUCGACAAGGAAGUUAUAGAAUGUAUUUGCUUAUGCAUAAGUAAGAGCGUAAGGAAGAAGAAGAUUCUGCGUCUUCGCAUGGAUGAGUUGAAGUUCUAUUUUUAUCACUCCUCGUAUGUACAAAAUGAAGUGGUUAAUUUGAGAAGCUUCCUUAAUAAGACAAGGCGAAGCAACAACACCCGGGGGAACUCACGUUAUCAGGAAAAGUUCAUCGAACAUGAUCUUCUUCUCGAUCCGUUUAAAUCGUUGCCGGAUGAGAAGCAAAGUGAAAUGAAAAUGAAAGGCAGAAAAUUGCAUAAAGGUAAUAUGACCACUGAGGGGAGUGACUACGUGGUAAGGAAGCACCCAAAUGGGGCUAUUACGAAUAGUAGUGACCAUCGUGGGGAUGUCAACAAUGAUAGUACUAGUGAGACCACCUCCAUUAGUUCCGAACAGUCGGAGGAGGACCACAGCGGAGACGAACUGGAAAGUCAUAAAAAGAGUAACCUCCACAGAAGCAGAAGUCUAGAUCAUUUUGUAAAAACGCAGGAAAGGGACAUAACCAACAUACAUAACAUAAUUUUUAACAACCUCUUUGUUGCACAUAGGAAUUUCUAUCAUACAAAAGUGAAUAAUACCUUUUCCUAUCUGAGGAAGAGAAAUUUUCUUUACUCUAUUAGAAGCAGAUAUUAUAGUUUUUUAUGGAGGUACAUCCAGUAUAAUAACAAUAGGAGUAAGGUAAAGAAUCGAAAUUUGUUAUCCAUUGGGGUUUUCGGUCACGUGAGGAAUUUGUUCUUGUUCCAGGACAAGACUGAUUCGUUGCUUUAUCUGAGCGCGAGGGGGGUGAAUGUGGAUCACAUUUUUCACACUUCCUUUGGCAAUGUGAAGAGUAGCUAUCAUUUGUGUGACCGGACGGAUUCAGCCCAGGGCCUGCGGGGUGAAAUGCAUUUGGAGGGAUGCGACCCAGACCAGGUAUCCACCGCGGAUAUGGUAAGAAAUGGACCAAUUGGAAGUAUCUCUAGUUGCAGUAUCAUCAGCACAAGUGACCACCGAGCGGGAAAGUCGCCUAGGAUGACCCAAAAUGUGACGAACAGAUCACCUCUUUUCAGCAUAAAGUCGGUGAAGCUGAAAAAAAAUGACAACGUCUUGUCCCUCACGGUGAAUCUACUAAACUGCAAUCUGAACGAAAUGUGCGUGUCCCUCAUGGGAAUACACAAACAUGUACUCCCUUUAGAGCAUGUCGAGUUGAUAAAGGGGAGAAUCAACAAACUAAAGAAUAUCAAACAGUUCCUCCUGUCUAGCAAUAAAAACACUGUGCACUUGAAUAGGAUCAACGUGACGAAUGAGUUGCUCUACAAAGUAUUAAACAGGUAUUUCAAGUUAAACCAUAUGGUGAGGGAAAAGGACACGAACAGUGGUGAUCAUCCUGAAAAGACGGAAAACGAAUUUACGGUUAACAAAAAUUACGAAAAAUAUAUAAAAAAAUUGGUCAUCAAAAUUUUGGACAAUGAAAAAAUUCUGUACAAUAAAGAAGAUUUUGAAAAAAUAUUUUACAUGAUUUUGAGGAAGAGAGUCACACAACAGGAUAAUAAGGAGGGUUCCUCCGUAGAAGGGAAAAAAGGCACUCUCCCAGAUUAUAUGACACACCAUAGGAGGAGGAUGCUCAAUAGUUACAACUCGGAAAUGCUACACUCCUUCAGCAGCAAUAAUGACAUUGUGCAGAAUUACUACACGAAGAGGAGGGAGAGAUAUGCGAACAUGACUGGAACUUCCAAGUCGCUCGAAUGGGAGUAUCACACCUGUAAGGAGGGCACCAUGAUGAGCAACCCUGAAUGUGAGGAGAGGUCCGAUUUGUACAACAAUUCGAAUUACUUCAACUUGGAUACAGCACGGGAUUCGUUCUCCAAAGACUCUGAAGGAGGUGAUCAAGGUAGGUGUAAAUGGAAGGAUCAUCACGAACAGGGCAAUAACAACGAGGAGAAAUUAUUCAUGCAAGACAGGAAGGAACAGUAUAAAGACCUUGCUUCGGUGAAGCCAUCCAGGAGGUACAACAACGAACACUGCAAAUAUAUGAAUCUGAGAAACCUCUUUAAUUUUGAUGAGAUCCUAAUCGAUACGGAAAAAAUAAUGGGCGAUGAUAUUUUCAUUCAUAGUAGUAUAUCCAGUGUGGAAUUAUCACAAUUAGACUACCUGAAUGGGAAAGAAGUGGAAGAGAAAGACACCCCCCAGAAGAAGACAUCCCUUUUCUUCUUCCUAAUAAGCAAAACAAACGUUGCCAUUAGUAACAAAAAUGAAGGCAUAUUCAAAAUUGUGUGCAAUGACUUUAUGAGCGAGUUGACUCGUAUGGCUAGCUCUCUAAAUAUAUCUUUGAAAAUGAACACGCUGUACUUUUUCUACAUUCUGACCAUUUCCAGGAAGCCUAAAGGGGGCAGCCUUCCCAAGGAGAGCAACGAAAAAGCGACCAACAUUUUUGAUGAGGAUAAAAUUUCCAACGUGCGAAACAACACGUGUAAAAAAUAUGUCAUCUUAACCGACUGGAUAAGUAACAUAUUGAGUGUUUCCAAGUCGAAUCUCAAAAAAAAAAAAAACAGCGACCUCUUUAAUCAGUAUUUAUGCAUUUUGGAGAGAAAAAAGUUUAAGCUUUUUAUCGACUACGAUAGGAAGGUGAAGAGUCCAAAGCCGCAGCUCCAUUUAGACCUACACAUAAAUAAACAGACGAAUAGAAAAACUGUAAAACUGUCUCUCAGCAAUUUCAACCUUUUCUACAGCUCCACCUUAUUCGUUUUGCUAAACAGUGUUGUGAUAAAUUACUUUUUAACGUACAUCCAAGAGAAGGAAAAGGUCAGCAUUCUCCUAUGCAGAUAUGGGACCGUCUUGCGGAAUAAAGGCAGCCAGUCAAACCAUGUGAAACAUGGCCCUGUCAGGGGGAAAAAAGAAAGGAGAGACGAAUUGGUUGUUGUAUCCCUCGAGAAAUGGGUAAGCAGUCACGAAGUGGUGGACACGCUGCGUACCUCCAGCAACGACAGUUUUAUAGACGAAACGUAUACAGACAAUGACAUUAGCUAUAACAUCUAUGAUCAAAAAAGGAAACACACGGAUGAGCUAAAUGAGGAUACCAUCAAUUUAACCAAUAACACUUUUUAUUACGAUUUUUCCGAGAAUGAAAAUGGGACACAAAGGAAUAUCCAAAGGAACGCGUUUCAUCAGAAUGAACAAUGUGAAGAUAAUCCCCUGUGUGAUGUCACAAGGGGAGUGGUAAGCGAAAAUGGGAGCAAUGCUGUGAGUAGAGGUCUCUACAAUGAUCUGUACUACCGCCAAAAGGUGACCAAUUCGGGGAAGGCGAAAAGAAAAAUUACCGUGGAUGACACUUGUGGAAGAUUCGCAUCGAAGAGAAGGUUCAACGACACGAGUGGCAACCUUCACGGGCUCGCUCCCAAUGUUAACUCGAACGAAAAUGUUAACCCGCACGAUAAUAUUAACCAAGAUGAUAAUGUUAAGGCCCAAAAGUGGAGAAAGAAAAAUCUCAGUUUUUUAAAAUCAGACAUGAAGCGAGAUGUCAUUUGUACAGGCAUCUCCUUUGCGAAGGAUGACCCCUCAGAAUGUGAUCUCAGCAAAGGGAGGCACGAAGGGGGUUUCAUAAAUGAAGAUAACACGUUCGUUGCACAGUCUGAGGUGUUGCCAAACGACCAAACUUCCAACAAUGCCUAUCAUGACCAGUUAGCGAAUAAUUGUGACACUCCUCCGAGUGUAAUAAAUUCGAAGGACGAAAAUUUGGAGGUGGGGGGUGACAGUCCGAAGGAGGAAGUGAGCCAAAAAGUUAUCAAUGUGGAUAAUAAUAGAACUAGAAUUAAUACAGUACCGAAGAACAUAUUCGCUAGGCACAAUUCCAAACGAAGACGCAGCACCAGAGAAGGGCAGAACGUUACCGAAAAUAUCCUCAGGAGGAACAAAAAAGUUUGCCAUGCAGUGGCUCAGCACCAGGGGGAAGUGCCGUCCUCUAGGAGGAACACACACAAUAUUGAAGAAGAAAAAUCUCAAAAUAGUGCUGGAAUUAACCUGUUCGUAUGUUCCGAAAAUGUUAACAUAUGCUAUCUUAUUAACUACCACCGAUUCAAGUAUGUCUACAAGAAGAACCACAAGGUGGACGCCUACAUGAAUGACUACAUGAACUUUAUUGAUAGCUGCUCCAACUACAGCAAACAGGAGAAGAAGAAGGAAGGAGAAAAUUUGGACCAUAUUGGAAUUAUGAACAAAGAUCUCUACAAUUUUAAUUUAAAUUUUUUAUUUAAACUGGAGUAUAAAUGCACACAAAACAAGAAAAAGUCCAUCAGUGCGUUUUUUCCCUUUCUCUAUAUUAUCCUUAUGAAGAAUUGCAACUACGUCAUUUCGCAUUUAACUAUCGUGGAUGUCAAAGUGAGUGCUCACUUUUUAUGCAAAUGUGAGGAGGAAGAAAAAAAAAAAAUAAAUAAAAGUAAACAUUUACAGAGAAAAAAUACCCCACAAAUGUAUGACAAGGCAAUGUUGAAUUAUUUGCCCGAAGAACAAUCCUAUUUCGGCCAGGAAGAAACUCGUGCUGCAGAGAAGUGGAAUACGAGUGGAAACGCACAUAGAAGUUCACACAGCAGCUGCGACAAUUUGGCUAUGAAAUAUUACGACAGGGUGAGUGACAAACCGGAGUGCACUAGCUCUAACGGGGAAAACUCCCUCACGGACAGCUGCAUAAUAGCAAGGCAUAUGAACAGCAGCUUGUCCAUAAACAAGCGGAUAUCCCAAAGUAGGAACAAUGAGAACAACUCCGAUUUGUUGUACGAUCUAACGGUGAAAAAGGGGAUUAUAAGGAGUGGGAAUGAUCCGUCCCCCGAAGGGACCAGCGAAUGCACCGACCAUGAUAACAGGGAGAAGCAUGACGCAGAGAGGAAUAACUCCUUGAACCUCACUGGUGGGAUGAACCAAGCGGAAUCCAUAUCUAGUGAGAGAAAGAUGAGCAAACAGAAGUCCUACAUGAGGUUUCUGUUUAAUUAUAAGAAACCUGACCUGGCGCAAACUGGGGAAGGUGAACCGACUAGCGCUUUUCGGGGCAGUAGUGCCAACAGUGGCAGCAUCACUAACAGCGUGUCGCGCAGAAAGAACCUGCUCAAGCACCUAAAUUCGGUUGUUAAUUUUAUGGGAAAAAAUAACAGCAGCUCGAAGUCUAUACUGAAGAAGGACAACACUACCAGGCGAUCUCUGAGUCUAUUCAGCUUCAAGACCCCCGCUUUUUUGCACAAGAAGGCCGGACGAUGGAAUAGCAACACGUUGGAAGUUGUGCGCACAGAAGGUGGUAAAAAUAAUGCAUCCUACGACUUGGGUAGCGUGAAUACACAAAAAAGUGAGUGCAUCUCUGAGGAGGAAGGAAAAGACGGGAAGCAUCAGAUGGAGGACCGAUUAAAAUUUGCCCACCACAGCAGUGACAACUUUGUGAGCAUUUCCCAACAGGGAAGUUUCUACCACGUUGGGGAUGAACAGUUCAUGGGAAAUUCCACAAAGGGAAUGAACAGAAUGGCAGGCGACCAUUCCAAAUGUAGGAACUCCCUUGAAAGUGUCCCCAUGAAUAAUGAGCAAGACGAAUUCAACAAAAGAAGCCAAAAGGAGAAAAAAAAAUUCCAACAAUUAGAAGGAGAUAAAAAAAAAACAGCCAUGUGGAAACUCUCGAGAUGCAACUUAUCUGUGUAUAACAUAAACCUAUUCAGCUGCAUUUAUUUGAGACGAUUUAAACGAGGCAAGCAAAAAUACUUACAACCGCUGGUGUAUAAUUAUAAGCACGCUAACGGUGUACAUUCUUUUCAAGGCAAUAGGAACGCAAACGAGUUUUGCAAUCCCUCCUUUGUACAAAGCAGCUUCGAGACGUAUGCCAAUUUUAAGACCACCAAUUAUGACAAACUAACAAGAAACAACUAUGUUCUGGAAAAGGAUUUAAAAUUUUUAGAAUAUAUUAAUCAGGUAUAUAGUUUGGAAUGGUUUAACAAAUUUAAUGUCCACCAUUUGUGCAAUAUCAACAAGAUCCACUCGAGUGUUUCUAGAUUUAUGUGCCUGAAUGGUAGAGGUAGACCCGACUGCACCGCUGAUAAUAUUGUGUGUUGCUAUGUGCCCAUAUUUUACAAGCACAUUUCAGCGUCCUACAGAAAUGUUUACAAGUUUUUGUUACUUACCAAAUAUUACGAAAGUGUGCAUUAUCUACCCAGGUUGUGCGAAAAGGGAGGGGUAUCCCAUAUCAACGGUGGGGGUGAUCUUUAUAAAAGAAGCAGAAACGGGAUCAAGAACCAACACUUAGAUAGGAACACCCUGAAGGAAAGAUCUUCAGGGGUGCACGAAAUGGACGAAAAACUUCUACAAUUAAAUACCAAUGGUGCGGACAGGCACAAGAGCGACACGAAAAAGGCCAAAGCGCGCAGCACUGAUAAUCAUACGAACAGAGGGAAAGGGAAAAAGAAAAAGAAAGCACACAUGUUUGGGGGGAAUGAUAAAACCUUCAACGUGAACAAGUACCAGCUUCUUAAUUAUGAGGGAACAUUACAAAAAAAGAGAAAGACCAAUGGAACUACCAAUUUUACUCAUCCCCUGAAUGACGUAACAGACGCAUCUGUAGCGGAAGAAGGAAAAGCAUUUUAUUAUGACGACGCAAGUGAUUUGUUCGAAAAUGAUGAGAUGAUAACAGACCCACUAGGGAAGUGCACCCUUCCUGGUGACAACAAUUUUAACAGCUUCAAUAAUUACUUAAUAUAUAAGAGAGACUUUUUAAAAUACAGCUCUUGGAAGGAGAACCACCUGUAUGUCUCACUAAAGCAGGUAGAAUGUUACGAUAAAGGGAAGGACAAUACGAAUAGACAUUCAAAGAGAAGCGUGAAAAAACAUGGGAAUAAGAGUAAGAGUAAGAGGACGAAACAAUGCUUCAAUUUUUACAUUCACAUGCACGCUUCCAGCAUUAACCUGGAUCCAUACUUCAUUUCGACGUACAACUUUUACCUAGUGAAUAAUUUAAACAAAAAUUUAAUAGCAUACGAUAUUAAAGAAACGAAGGAUUAUUUUAUUCAUAAAUAUAAGGAAAUGAAACAGUACUACAGGCAGACAAUUGGGUGGAGUGAGCAUUUGGAGAGUGGAAGAACCGAAUUGAGGGCGAGUUCGUCGGAGGGUGAGGAAAUACCGGGAAGGGUAAAGAACGUUCCUCUGGAGAGAAGACAUAAUGAGAAUAAUCUCCAAGGGGGAGGUCCCACCAAAUGUUGUAGCAUCUACGAUGAGGAGGAGGGGAAAACACCGGAGGAGCUGUUCUCCUUCGGCCCACCAAAGACGCUAAAACUGUUCCGCCUGAUGAAUUCCCUCAACAACCUUACGAACAAAAUUAGUGAAAAACUGAAAAAUAAUAAGGUCAUAAUUAAUGUGGACAUAAAAAACGUAGACGUUAAUGUGCUUGACUGCUCCUAUAUUUAUGAUAGUAAAUAUUUGCUCGUAGAUCAUGUGCACCCAUUUUACAAUAACCAGUAUGUGUACAUGUCGAAGGAAAAGUAUGAACGAAUUAGGAGAAAAAAGGGGAAUCACUCCAACGACUUUUCAAAUCUUGAAUCGAUGGAAAACAAGCAUUUUUCGAGCACUAUUAAUAAUCUCAUUUUUAAUAGACUUACAAAUUAUUAUAAUGACAACUCUUUCUACAUCGUUUCUAUUAAUGCUAGUAAAGUUAAGAGAAUUUCUAUACAGCUGUAUACAACAGUUAUUUUGAACAAUUUUGUUAAGAAAGAAAAUGUGAAGGACGUGCUGAGCGUGAUUGUGUACAACUACAGAAUGAAGUUUUCAAGUCUUAGGAUAAAAAAAGUGAAGAACAUAAUGAAGGAGGGGAAGCAGGACAUAAUCAAGAUGCUUGAUGAAAUGGGUCUUGAUGAAACGGAAGAUACCACAAAGAGAAAAAGGAAAAAACAUAGAAAAGGAAAAGGGAGGAGUUCUAGACCUGAGAGGAAUAACCACCUUAAUAUGUACAAACAGUUCAGAAGGAGCAACAGUAAGCUGCAUAACUUCGGGUGGUUCGUGAGUAAUGAUUCGGCAGAAGGGGGUACUUCGUUUAUACCCACUCCUCCAACUGCGUCGUCCUGGUCGUCCUCCGAACCUACAUCUGUUCCGUUGUCAGCGGCGACUUCUUCCCAGUCCACGUCGAUUAACUCCCUCCUGUCGUACGACUCAAACGUCGAAAGGGCAGUCCCACAAAUGGGUUACGAAGUGGAGAAAGGCAGAAGGCACAGAUCGACCUGUGAACCAUUUCGUCUAUCGAAGAGGAGAAAACUAAAAGAGGCCGCUUUACAAUUAAGAAGAAGACACAGGAGAGAGAGCAACAGCUUCUCAGACAGUAUAUACACAAAGCAUUCCACCUCGCUAAGAAAGCAAGUGGACAUGUUUAAUGACGAGAAUGGAAAGUCCAUGAGUUUCCACAAUUUUUGGACUCACAGUGGACACGAAACAGAUAAACAUGCACAAUAUGAACGAAGAAUAAAGAAGAAAAAAGUGAAAAAUAAGUUUUAUAACUAUAUUAGGAAGAUAUAUAACAAUAUGACGUCCAAACAGAAAAAGAAAAAACUAAUCCUAGACAACAUCGUUGAGAAUAAUAAGUGGUCCGUUAGUGUAGAAAAUCUGAUUUUCUAUUUACCGCAGUUUAAAAAAGGCUUUAAAUUUUACCUAUAUUUGAACAAAUUUAUUAUAUACGACUAUAACCAAAUAAAGAUAUGUAACAACAUUUCUCAGUUUAGGUUAUUCCUUGGCAAUAAUGCAGAGAGGAAAUAUCUCCAGCUAUGCAACAAAAUAAUGCGUACGUUUAAUCACCUACACUUGAAUAAAGAUUUACUCAAGGGAAACUUGAGAAGAAAAAUUGUGUUGAAAAAACUGAACCAGGAAAUAUAUAAUAAUCAGCUCUAUAUAAUAGCAAAUGAGGGCAUAAACAAUAUCGACUUUAUUUUGGACGUGAAAAAUACAAGACUUACUUUGCACAACCAGACAAUCAUGGAUUUAGUGAACUACUUCACCGAACUGUCCAUCAGCAUUUUUUCAUUCCUUUAUGUGUAUACUAUCUACCCAGAGGUAUCCUUUUUUGCAGUUUCUUACCUGUCUUCUUGCAUGAAUGUGGACAAUUUUCAGAAGGGACUCCUCCUAUAUAACAACCUGCUGAAAAACUACAUCGGUACUUGUAAAAGAGGAAAGCCGCAAAAUGGCAGCCUCAUGAGCAUCUCUUCUUGCAACAACAGCAACAACAACAAUAGGAAUGCAUCGUUCGCAAGUGGGAACAACAUGGUGGAUUUGGAGAGAUCCCCCAUUGAGCAGUCCAACAGCUGUGAAGACCCAAACCGAAGCGAUAACAACAGUGUGAACAGCCUGGACCGCUUGGAAAAAGCGAAUCCAAGUGGAAAGGCAAACGCAACCCACAAGAGACGACAAAACGGAAGCGAACACGCCUCGGAUAUUAGCAAUAUAAAUAUACUGAUGGAAAAAAUGAUUUCCCACAAAAAUAAAAUAAAUUAUAAGUACCUAAUUAUGAACAAAUUCGAAUACCAAACGAAGGCGCAUAACUCUCUGAAAGAAUUACAUGACAAGAAUUACUACUUCCUAGCGUUUGUAAGUAACAACUUGCUCUUCUUCCUAUAUUUCUACACCAAGUACAGAACCGUCCUGAAUUUUGUGUCCACCGAGGAUGUAUUCAAUCUCAGACCCAACUACGUUUAUCCUAUCAGACGCAUUAAACACCGCCCACUGGUGAAGGUUAACAAGAUUUGCGAAAAUAUAAGAACGAAAAAGAAGUUCAUGCAUGUGGGGAAAAAAUAUAUGCAGAGGGAACAACUCAAAGUUUCUACCUCCAAAAUAAUGGAAAAGAAAAAGAAAAGAAAGAGGAAGCUGAAAAAAUACAUCAGGUAUAAUAAGCAGGAGGGGGGACACAAUGCACACAAGAAGGUCAACCCUUUAUAUGAACCCAAUGUAAGCUCACCUCUUUCCUGGAAGGAACAUUCCUAUCGUCCUGGGGAGAAGGAAAAAAAAGGGAAAAAGGAACCGUUCCCUGUAAAGCACCUUAAGAUGGAAAAGUACAACACGCAGGAUAAUACUAACACUGAUCCUAUAAGAAACGAACAUGAAGGGAUCAUUCCAGGUAGCAGCUUAGGCAGCAUGACAAAUCAAAAAACAGUCGUAAAAUCCGGAUCAGUUAUUUAUGAUAAGAUAAACAAUGACGAAGCAGAGGAGUACAAGAAGAAGGAAGAUAGCAAGGAGGGUGCCCACGAAGUUAAGGGCUUUUCUACAAAAUUAAAAACUACCAUAAGAAAAUUUUUUACCCGAAAGUUAUCCUCCCAAGGGUUGGGGAAUAAGAAUCUCAGGGAUGAAAAAAAAAGAGACAGCAUGUCAAACACGUCGAACGAGUUAUUCUACACGGACUAUAAAACAGUGCUGCAUGAAUUAAGGGACAAAUCCGACGUCAGUGCGUCAAAAAAGCACCUAACUUCGCUCCACAAUGUACACUUUUUUCGAAAUAAAUCCAUUUCGUUAAGGAUGAAGGUGACCUUGUUCGAAACGUGGGUUAUCCAAGAAGAUCUGUUCAAUGUGGACAAUGAGAAGAAGAAAAAUGUACGGGUCAGCUCAUUUUUGAAAAAAAAAAAAAAGAAAAACUUUUUGGCGUCCUCCUCUCUGGACAAUCAUAAAUCGCCAAGGGGGGAAAGACAAAUGAGAGGUAAAAGACGAUUGAGUAGAAACAUGAUAAAUGAAUCGAACAGCUGUGGGGAAGAUAACCUAUAUGAGGAAGUGGAAGAAGCCCAAAACUUGAGCAUCAAAUCUGUUAGCUCCACCAACUCUGGCAGUAACGUAAACAUCCUUAACAUUCUGGAAAAAUCAAAAAAUUAUUUCAACACAUUUAUGAAUAAGAAAAUCAACAAGCAGAUUUUUUACCUUGCCAGAAGGAGGGCCUCCAAAAAUGAUUUAGAAGAUUUUAGCGAAAAUGCCAGAACGAUCAUUAGAGGGAAAAAGAAUAAUGUUAAAGGAAGGGAGGUGGGAAAAAAUAUUGUGAGAUUAAACCAGGGGAAUACAGCCGAUUCGCAAAUUGAGGUUGAGUCUUCCUCCCUCAGUGACUACACCUACCGUAAAGACAAAGCGAUGUCACUCAUUUUAGGCGAAUCAAAUAGCAACAUGUACAUACAUGCUGAUAGAUAUGUUGGGGAGAAGGACCUCUAUAAAGCCAUGGCAAAACAAAAAAUAAAAAAAUGGAAUGAGUACCACAAGUGGGAGAAGAAAAAACAGAAAAGGAAAAACAUAAGAGAGAAUAAUAGGAAUAUAUGUCUUUCCAUCAUUUUUAGUGUAGACACAUAUUACAAGGAGCAGCAAAAAUUGGACUACUCAAAGUUUAAGAUAGAAGUGAAUAACCUAAACAUAAUGUUAGGGAAGUGCUUCAGCUUUAGUGACAUUUAUGACCAGCUGAAGUUGUACAGGAGCGACAAUAACUUCAGGGCAUCUGUCUAUGCCUCGGGAAUUUUCGACUUAAAUCAUCUACAUGAUGCCUUUAACAGGGAGAGGAAUUAUGCGUACGUGAAAAAACUCCCCAAUCGGAAGGAUAAAGUUUCCAACAACGAAAUGGAAUAUGCCUUUUAUGAUAAUACCAACUUUUAUAAUAUAUACUAUAAUGAGAUGAGGGAUGUGAAGGUAGCCAGGCGGAUGAUAAGAAGUGGGAAGAGGAAGAGCCAUAGGAGCAACAAUCAUCACCAUGUGCAGGGUGAUCUCUCCCCUAGGGGGGAUACCUUCAGUGGAGAAGAAGUGCCUAAUGUUGGAACAAGCAGUGUGGAAAAGCAAUCAGACAGAUACCUAAGCAGUGGAGGCAUAACAGAUGAUCUAUCUAGCGAGGGAGAAAACGAGCCAUUCAAUCCGGCAAAGAAAAGCAUAACGUUCAGCUCUACGCACGAAGCGGAGUUGUCUGAACAUGCGAAAAAAAAGCGUCACAACUUUGAAGGGGACAUGUCCAAAUGGAACAGCUCCGAAUUUUAUGGCAACCGAUCGCGAAAGCAAAACCAGGAGAAGAAGACACAUGUGAGACGCAGUAACCUGUUUAUACUCAUGAAUAAGAACAGAAUUAUUUACAAAGACAAGUUUAACAUUUUUUUAAAUCAUAACAAUAAUAUAUUUAUGCCAAACAUUAAGGACGAGAACGACUGGCUGCUGAGCAUCAAUAGUGUGUAUUUGUUUGCAAAUUCACUAAGCGGGAAGAGAUCCUUUAAUGUGAGUUGCCAUGAACUGCUCAUAAACUUAACCAUAGACAAUAUAAAAGAGCUCUAUAAACUGCACGCCAAUUUUAACUACAAUAUAUACUACGCAGGGUUUUACAGAAAUUAUCUUUCCUUUGUGAAGAAUAUUUAUGUUCUUCCAUUUCUGCACAAGGACAAAACGUGUACCGAAAAAUCAAACGAAAAGUUGAAGAUAAAUGGGGUGUACCUAAAUAGCAUGAACAGGCUCAAGGUUACGGACAAAAGUACACUACACAACAAAUUCAAGGUAACGAAACGGAUGAACUCAGCUGACAGCAGUUUGUAUGGAGUAAAAUAUUCCAAAGAAUUCACUGACUCUUCUGAUGAGUACCCUCCUAUCAGUCUUAAGAGCCCACGUGGAAAGGAAGACCCAUAUGACACACUCCCUAAUGGGACAACCAAUCACAGGAAUGACCGAAUGGACGGACACCCCUCAGAGGCUGCCUCACCAAAUGGUAGUAACAAAUUUGGCAUAUUGUCCAAAAAAAGGGAAGGCGUAUUAAUAAAAGAUAAGUCACAGGGAAGAAAUAAAUGUAUCUCCUUCAAUAACAUGAACGAAAUAAUUGACGAGACUGACGAGGAGAGGAACGAAAAAAAUGAGCAAAAAAAGGACGAGCAGGAAGGAGACGUGUAUAACCUGAUUAGGGAAAAGACGUUACACGUUCGCGACAUGGAGGAAGAUGAAAAUUACAUCAACAAUGAUAUCACAACGAUGUACACAGUUCGUAAAUAUUUCCUCAUUCAAAAUUUUAAUAUAUACAAAAAAAUGGUCCAUUAUUAUGGAAAAAUGCAGACUUUUAUCGACCUGGAUGGGAGAAACGCCAAGUAUAGUGAAAUUAUUCAUACGUUGAAAGAAACCUAUGUGAAGAUAGAACAAUACCGGGAGAAUCUCUACCACCUGUACAGUCAGCUAUUUUCCAUAAUUAGAAAUAUUAACGACGAGAAAAACAUCAUAUGCCAUGGACUUGUCUUCGUAAAACUGCUCAAUUGUCUCUACUCAUAUAGCAAUAAAUAUGUCACCAACUUGUUUUACUACUUGUUCGUUUUUUCGAAAUAUAAUAAAUUUGCAGAAUAUCUGUGUAGUAUACAGAAAUAUUUUGACUACAAGUAUUUUACCUACUUCACCAACAAGAUUGGAAAUGUGGAUGCGUGUAAUGUUCGUGAAAGGAUGAGUAGAGAGAUUACACACGGGGUCAGUUACAAUAACAGUGGCAUGUCCCCUCAUGAGAAGGGCAUCUCCAUGCUACCCAAUAGUGGAAAUAACCCAAUCAUGAAUGAGGAUUUUGCCCUACAUAAGGAGAUAAACGAGAAUAUUAAAAAGGAGGAAAUGCUAAAAGAGAACGAAGUGACCAAAAAGAAUUUGUCCUGUUUUAUUAUUUCUUCCCUUCUUUACCUCUACCGGCCGUACAUGUACAGACAUAAAAAAUGCGUUCCCAUGACAAAUAGGAAGAAGGAAAAUUUGAAGACAAUGUUCAAACGGAAGCAGCGCCUUUCGUCCCUCUCGGAGGAGGAUGGUCUGCUGGAGCGUCAUAGCAGCUCCUUUUACCAAAUGGGCAAAAGUGAGGAAACGAAACAUACACACGUAGGGAACCAAAUGAACGACAUAUACAGGAUGGACGGCGGAAUGGAAGAGAACAUACUGACCAAGUUCAAUGCGCUCAGCCAAAAGGAAGGCAAAAAAAUAGAAAUAAGGAAAAACAAAUCGUACAUGUUUCACAAAAAGGGAAUUAAGAUAAAGAUAAAAAUUCGAGUAAACAAUGUGUGCCUUAAAAUACACCAGCUAAACAAGGAAAAUAUAUUAACGCUAAAUCUGUACGAUUUGAAUUACUACAUGUUUACCUGUCUAUAUCAGUAUCAUUUUUUUUUUCACAAAACGAAUGAGCAUGUCGGCUUUUACCUGAACGACAAGGUGGAGAAAAUUAAAUUUGAAGAUAUCUACGCUAUUACUGAAAAGAGCGAAAUGAAGAAAAGAGUGAACAGUAAUUUGUAUAUGGACAGUCUAUGGUACGAAGUGUCCGCUGAAGAAUCCGCCAUUCAGGACAAACUGUACAACAUCCAAUGGGGAGAUAAAAAGGAGAAGAAAAAAAAAAAAAAAAAACUGUAUUAA